GCCUCCAUCGUUUCCACCACACGGCCGUGGUGUGAUGGAGCUGCGCGUUUAGGGCUUCAUGUGUCCGGCGGGUCUGCCCCUGGCUUUUUUUUUUCUCGGGGAAGAUCAUAUUGGAUCAUAUUGUUUGCAGGACGCCGUUCCUCCUGCAGCCCCCCCAGUCCAUCCCGACGUAGUUGUGAAUUGAACAUGGCGACUGUACCAGUAUAUUGCAUCUGCAGAUUACCUUACGACGUGACCCAGUUUAUGAUCGAGUGCGACGCUUGCAAGGACUGGUUCCACGGCAGCUGUGUUGAGGUGGAUGAAGAUGACGCCCCAGAUAUCGACAUAUAUCACUGUCCAAACUGCGAGAAGACCCACGGCAAAUCGACACUGAAAAAGAAAAAGAACUGGAGCAAACAUGACACAGGGCAAAGCACAGACAUUAAAGCUGUUCAGAACGGCAGUCAGGUGUUCAUAAAGGAGCUUCGCAGUAGGACCUUUCCAAGCGCUGACGAUGUGGUGGUGAAGCUGAGCGGUGGUCAGCUGACCAUGGACUACCUGGAGGAGGGCGGCUUCAACGAGCCCAUCCUGGUUCCGAAGAAGGACGGCCUGGGCAUGUCCAUGCCCGCUCCCACCUUCUACAUCAGCGACGUGGAGAACUAUGUCGGUCCCGAUGUUGGCGUGGACGUCGUUGACGUCACCAAACAGACGGACUACAAGAUGAAGCUCAAGGAGUUUGUCGACUAUUACUACAGCACAAACAGAAAGAAAGUGUUAAACGUCAUCAACCUGGAGUUCUCUGACGCGAGGAUGAAUUCGAUAGUGGAGAGUCCGCAGAUCGUGCGGCGGUUGUCUUGGGUGGAAAACUACUGGCCCGACGACGCUCUCCUCGGGAAGCCAAAAGUCACCAAGUACUGUCUCAUCUGUGUCAAAGACAGCUACACAGACUUCCACAUUGAGUGCGGCGGCGCCUCCGUCUGGUACCAUGUCCUGAAGGGGGAAAAGAUCUUCUUCCUCAUCAAGCCCACCUCCGCCAACCUGUCUCUGUACGAGCGCUGGAGAUCGUCGUCCAAUCACAGCGAGAUGUUCUUCGCCGACCAGGUGGACAAGUGUUACAAAUGCAUCCUGAAGCAGGGGCAGACGCUGUUCAUCCCAUCAGGUUGGAUCAAUGCAAUACUGACUCCGGUGGACUGCCUGGCGUUCUCUGGACACUUCGUCCACAACUUGAGUGUGGAGAUGCAGAUGAGAGCGUAUGAAAUCGAGAAGCGGCUAAAGGUCAAAACUCUCAACCCCUUCCCCAACUAUGAGACGGCGUGCUGGUAUGUGGGACGACAUCUCCUCGAGCGAUUCAAAGGUUUACACAAAGCAAAUAAGCAGCCAGCCCCAUACCUGAUACAUGGUGCCAAAAUCAUCAAUGGAGCGUUCAGAGCUUGGACUAAAAAACAGGCCCUCUUGGAACAUGAAGACGAGCUUCCAGAGAACAUGAAACCAUCACAGCUCAUUAAGGAUCUUGCCAAAGAGAUCAGACUGUCAGAGAAUGCAACAAAAGCCAUUAAGAGUGAGCCCAGCAUUAAGGUACCGGUGGAGGAGCCCCCGUCCACCCACUCCGAGCCUGAAGAGCCUGUUUCCCCGGCCCACGUCCCCUCGCCCAGCAGAGAGAAGGCCAGAAAGAAAGCUUCCAAACCCCCCAAACCUCCCAAGCCUCCCAAACCCCCGAAGAUGCCCAAGGCCCCUAAGCCUCCGAAGGUGCCCAAGGUCAAGGAAGGGGGGAAGAAGAAAGCGAAGAAGGGGAAAGAGUCGUCGCCGCCUCCUAAACCCUCUAGCUUCGCAGCUCUUGAGUCCCAUGCAAAAGACAUCUUGAGUAAAAUGGACCAGCCGAAAAAGACAAAGGCUGUAAAGAACGUCCUGAGUAUAUCGGAGAAGGAAAUGUCAAAGCAGAACAACAUGGAGAAGUUUGACAUCAGAGAGCAGAAUAAAAACAAGACUGAAGCAAAAUGGAAGUAUAAGAAUAGUAAACCAGAUUCCCUGCUGAAAAUGGAGGAAGAGGGCAAAUUUGACAGAACACCGCUGUCAGGCAAUAAAGACAGAUUCAGCUUCAGCAUGUCUCACAAGAAAACUCUCGGCUCCAAGACGCUGAAACCUCAGACCAACUCAAGUGUUUUUGGAUCAUUACAAAACCUAAAAGAGGACAAAUCCAAGCCGGUGAGAGACGAGUAUGAGUACGUCUCCGAUGAGGGGGAGCUGAAGAUUGACGAAUUCCCUAUCAGGCGGAAAAAGAACACCGUCAAGAGGGAUCUGUCCUUUUUGUCAGACAUCAAAGAACCCAUUCAGCCAGCCAAGAAACCAAAGUUCCAACCCUUGGUGACCAAGCAGAGUGUGGAGUCCUCAGACGAAGAAACUCUGCACAUAGACACGGAGGCCAAGCCCGAGGUGAAAAGUCGCAACUCUAAGGUCAAGAAAAAGGGCGGCAGCGCUGCAGGGAUUCUCGACCUUCUGCAGGCGAGCAAGCAAGUGGGAGGGAUUGACUACAGCGCCAACAGUCAGCCACCUGCAUCUCCCAGCACACAGGAGGCCAUUCAGGGCAUGCUGUCCAUGGCCAACCUGUCGUCUUCAGACAGCUUGCAGCAGCCGUGGAGCAACAGCCAAUCCAAGAACAACAGCCAGUCCAAGAACAAUAGCCAGUCCAAGAGCAACUCACACGGUGCGCCGGCCGGCAAGAAGGGCGGUGCCGGAAACAGCAAGCGGCCCACCAAGAGGCUCCCGAAGAAACCCAGGAAGAGCAGCAGUAUCGAGAGUCUGGAUUACGACGACGACCAGGACCACAUGGACGCGUGCUUCAAGGACUCCGACUACGUUUACCCCUCGCUGGAGUCCGAAGAGGAUAACCCCGUCUUCAAAUCCAGAUCGAAAAAACGGAAAAGCAGUGACGACACUCCGUACAGCCCGACGGCACGCGUUGGACCCUCGGUUCCUCGGCAGGAGCGGCCGGCGAGAGACGGAGCCCGAGUGGCUUCCAUAGAAACGGGACUGGCCGCGGCCGCAGCGAAGCUUUCUCAUCAGGAGGAGCAGCAGAAAACUAAGAAGAAGAAGAAAAGCACCAAAAAGAAGGCAAUAGUAGUCGAGGAGCCCCCGAAAAUCUCUCAGGACAGUAGCUCACCGGAGCACAAUCUGGACUCCCAAGACGGCAGCCUGACGGACCACGAGUUCAACACUGGAACGGUCAAGUCGCCGGGGGGGCCACAGCCCAUGGCCCCAGGGGUUUUUCUCAGCCAGAGGCGACCGUCUAUGUCUUCUCCCAACAACAGCACCAACACAACGAGCACCAACAGCAGCAGCGCGGCGAAGGUGGAGCGAGCGGUGUCAGCAGACGCCAAAGCUAAGCGGCUAAAGAAAGGCAUGGCGACAGCAAAACAGAGACUUGGAAAGAUUUUAAAGAUCCAUAGAAAUGGAAAGCUCCUCCUGUAGCAUGCAGCAGACUGCUGUAGGACUGGGAAUUCAUGAGCUGGGUCCCUCCCAACCUCACCCCUGGUCACUGAUUGAAGCCAACAAUGGAGAAAAAAAACAAAAAAAAUCAAGAAAAUCAUGCAUUUUUCAAUUUGUAAGAAGAACAUCACUCAAAUAGGUUUUUGCCUCUACUUAUACUUUAUAACUUUCAGAUAUUAAAGUGUACAGAACCUACUAUAAAUAUUUUUUAAGAGAACAUGUCUCAUUUUACUACAGCUGUCAGUUUAUCAGGGGUCGCUAAAAACAUGAAGUAGAAGGACAUUGCAGUCAUUCCAAGAUUUUUGAAAGUAUCCCUUGCAUGUAUUCAGUUGCAUGUUCCGCUUGGGUCAGGGUUGGGGGAUUUUACAUAUUAAUUCCUACUAUAUGGAUGCAGCUUAUCAUUGCCACGCUGGAUGAUCGACGGGUUGACAUAGGAAUAAAAAAAAAGAUAAGAAAAACUCACAGCCAAGAUUGUCUGUGCAUCGCUGGCUGCGCUUUUUUUGACUGGAGACAACUUGAGCAGUUAUGUCUUUGGGUUUGGGUCACUUGGGUUUGCAGAGCACUAUCAGCGCUGAUAUUUAUUUAUUCGUGUCAAGUUCAUAGAUAGGAAGUGAGACUUGGAGGAACUUCUGUAAAGCACAAAGUGAAUCAUGUGUAACGCUGCGCAUGGAACAGCAGCAGCUAGGCUAGCAUAGGACUGAAUGUGUUUAGGAUUGUGACACUACGGGGGACCUGUGGCCAAUGAUAAGCCUCAUCCAUGUCAGGUCUGCAGUUACAUGGGGAUACUUUCUCUCUCUUCCUUUGCUUUCACAGGCAGCACCGACCACCUCCACUCAUUUCUGCGUUUCUACGUCUUCACACAGUACAGUAUGUAGAAUGUAGCUUGUACAUAGCCUUUUAAAUUACUACUUUUUGUAUCCUUUCCCCUUAAGGCUUAAUUCUACAUUUUUACCGGUUUUGCUAAUUAUGGAUAAAUGAAUACAAAUAUAUAUAUGGAUAUACAGUAUAGGCCUUUUUUCCACUUUUGUUAUAGUGCAGAGAUUCAUUUUUAACUUUUUUAUUUUUUUCCGUUAGAUUUAAAAGGUGUUGCCUGGAAAACAACUGAAGAAAUAAUGCAUUUUAUUGUCAUAUGGCCUUACAUACACAAAGCUAAUUGUAUUGUGAUUCUGUUUGAACAAGAGACGAAGCUUUGAGGGGGAAAAAUUAUAUAUAAAAAAAAAAAAAAAAAAAAAAAAAAAAGACCACUUAAAGUUUCUCUGACCAGCCUCUUGUUCGAGUUCUAGUAUCCUGAAGGGUUUUCGGAAUUAUUUUACUAGCACCUUGUGAAGUGUUUGUGUGUCAGUGAUGUAAUUUAUUAAUGUUUGUAGCUUUUUUAUACUUGUACAAUUCUUAAAGAGUUUUUUGUUCUGUUUUUGAAUAUCUCAUCAACUUGUGAAAUUACCCUUUUUUUUUGUUUUUCUCGAGUUGUGUGUGUGUGUUUGGAACAUUUUACACACUAGCAUCUACUUUAGCAAAAAAAUUUUAUCUCCAUUCUGUCUUCACUCAAUGUCAAUGUUGUCAUGGGAAACAUUUCCAAUGUGUUAUUAUUAUUAUUAUUGUUAAUAUUAUAGUUCUAAGCAGCAUCACACCGUUUUCUUUCGGUCAGGACAUUUUGACUUCAUGUACACCAUGCGUCCUCUUCUCCUGAGGGAAAUGCGCUCCGAUCAAACUGUCAGUGGGACACAUUUGUUCAGGUUUUUAUUUUGUACAAUAUACGUGUGUUGCUUUGUUGUGGUUUAUUUUUCUAUGUCCGACCUAUUAAAACGCGUCCACUGUGCCAGGGCAGUGAACGCGACCUGUCGUAGCCGUCUUCCGUCACUGUUAUUCGCAGUACUAGUAAGUAUUUACAAUCCUUUCUGACCCGAAUCUAUAUUUUUCUGUAUUUAGACGAUUCUGUUCGAGGUCAUG